AUGAGGCCGUCGCUUCUGCUCGCUCCUCUCCUGCUCGCCACCUUCCUAGCCGUUGCCGACGCCCAGAACUACACGGCGUCACCUCCGCCGCCGCCACCGGCAUCGACCCCGUCGCCUCCUACUCCACCGCCACCGCCACCGGCGUCCAACUGGACGCCUGUCGCGGACGUGAACGACCCGACGAUCCAGCAGGUGGCGCAGUUCGCCGUGCGCAUCUACGCGCUCAGCACGAAGCAGCUAAAGAUGUCGUUGCUCAACGUCGUCAUCGGCGAGACCCAGCCGUGCGACGGCGGGUACAACUACCGGCUCGUCGUCACGGUGUCCGGCGGCAAGAAGACGCAGUACGACGCCUUCGUCUGGGGCAUCCUUGGGACCAUGUCGUGGAAGCUCUGGUCAUUCACCCCUAGGUACUGA